CUAAGGGUUCGCUAAUUACAACUGUGUUUGGAAUUUGGGAUUGCAGUUGGUAACAUCCAGUUGGAGUUCAGCACUGGAGCGGAAGACUUUGUCACCUUUUUCCGUGCGGUUUUGAGUGACGCCGUCUUGUUUAUGGGAUCUAGUUUUGUUCCUGCUUGCAUCAUCAUAAAAGUGCUUGUCCUUCUGUGGGAUUAGCAUUAGCAUGUGGCUGUAGCCAGAGUCAAACGAAUUCUUGCGCCUUGUUCCGCCUUGUUUUGAAAUUUUUUGCCUAAUAUUUCCAAUUUCUGACAAGCUUGUCGAGAACAGAACUGUCGGUCCGUUUUUUUGAACAAAACAAGAGGAGCUCAUUUCAUAAUUAACCUGCUUUGAAGGUCCCAUCACCAACAGUGGAGAUGCUGAACCAGGGGGCUGUGAUGAUAUUCACAGGGGUCUGUGGGGCGUUAGUGGUCAUGGCAGUGGCCUACUACGCCUACUGGUCGGUGGUACUAAGUGAAGGGCCGUGUAAAAGAGGGUUGUAGAGAAGAACCCACUGUGUGUGUGUGUGUGUGUGUGUGUGUGAGUGUGUGUGUGUGUGUGUGGAAGGGGCUCUCGGUCAUGGGUGUGGUGGCGUGGCUGAAGAGCCUGUUCGUACUGCAGCUCUUGAUUGGCUUCGUGUUCGUUGUGAGCGGCCUCAUUAUCAACUUCACGCAGCUCUGCACCUGUGUGCUGUGGCCCUUCAACAAACAGCUGUACCGCAAGAUCAACACCAGACUCUCCUACUCGCUAUGGAGCCAGUUGGUGAUGUUGUUGGAGUGGUGGUCUGGCACAGAUUGUACUCUGUACACCGAUCAGGCCACAGUGGAUAAGUUCGGUAAAGAGCACGUCAUCAUCAUCCUAAACCACAACUAUGAGAUUGAUUUCUUGUGUGGCUGGACCAUUUGUGAGAGAUACGGCGUACUGGGGAGUUCUAAGGUUCUGGCUAAACACGAACUGCUGAAAGUGCCUCUGGUUGGCUGGACGUGGUAUUUCCUGGAAAUAGUCUUCUGUAAGCGGAAGUGGGAGGAGGACAGGGACACUGUCUUCAGCGGGCUGAACCGUCUCCGAGAUUACCCAGAAUACAUGUGGUUCCUGCUGUACUGUGAAGGAACGAGGUUUACAGAAAAGAAGCAUCAGAUAAGCAUGCAGGUGGCUGAGAGUAAGGGUCUUCCAAAACUGAAAUACCACCUGCUGCCCCGCACCAAAGGAUUCACCACCACACUGCAAUGCCUGAAGGGAACAGUAAAAGCUGUGUACGAUGUCACGCUGAACUUCAAAGACAAGCAGAACCCAACCCUGCUGGGAAUUGUUAGCGGGAAGAAAUACAAAGCAGACCUGAGCGUCAGGCGCUUCCCUGUGGAGGAGAUUCCUGAUGAUGAAAAGGAGUGUGCUAAUUGGUUACACAAGCUCUAUCAAGAGAAGGAUGCGUUACAAGAGCACUACGAGAAGGAGGGCAGUUACCCCGGCCCCACCAUCAUACCCAAACGUCGGAUUUGGACUCUGCUGAACUUCCUGUUCUGGGCUACUCUCCUGCUUUCUCCGCUUAUUAACUUUGCCUGGGAUGUCUUUGUCAGCGGCUCUCCCCUCCUCAUCAUUGGCUUCAUGAUCUUCCUCAUUGUCGCUUCUGUAGCAGUUCGCCGGCUCAUUGGAGUAACCGAAGUAAACAAGACCGGAUCCAGCUAUGGCAACAUAGAGGCCAAGAAGGAGAACUAAACAUUUUCAUCGUGUCAACACCAUGUGGCCACUGUAACGCUUACCCUACGGUCCAGCCUCAGGCACAGAGCUGCCCUGUGUGCAGUUAUCCUUCUUUUUACAAAAAAAAAAAAAAAAAUCGAAUAAAAAAUCGAAUAAAAAUUAAUGAAAUAUAAAAAAAAUCUCUUCAAUGCAGCAUUGGGAGGUAAAUAGGGAUAUAACUAUAGAUAUAACUUAAACACGCUAGUCUAAAACAUUAUGAUAAUUUUUAUGAACCAACUAAAUGGGAAAUAGAAGAAGCGCUCAGCAGCUGCGGAUCGAUGCCGAAAUGCUUGUCUCCUCUGGCGGAGAAAGAUGAGAUGACCUAUAGAGACCAACCGCUGAUUCUAGUCACCCUAUCAGUGACUUUUCCCUCUUGUUUAGCCCCGCCCAUUUUCUGUCCCAGUUCUCUUUUGUAACACUUCCUCCUCUGCAUCUAUCAGCACCUCCAUAUCAGUAGCCGUUUCUUCACGACGUUUCUCUUUGGGUCACUCGAGUCACUCGAACUGAUUUUCUAUGCUCAGAAUUUCACGUUACGGGCCGGCAGAGCAUGCUGCGGUUGAAGACGACAAACAGCCCGGCCAAUCACAGAUGAGGUGGUCACGUCACAGUCCCUAACUAACAAAUGAACUGCUGUAGAUCUUUGUCUGGGGUCUAUUGCAGCUGGAGUGACAUUGAUGGAAACUGUUAUAUGACCAACGGAUUGAGCAGGGUCUUCUGUAACUUUACCUUUUCACAAUGGUGUCUUAUCCCACUCCAUCACCAUUGCAUUACUGGGGUAUACUGAAUAAGCAAUACAUGUUUUCUACCAACCUAGAGCAGGGGUGUCCAGACUCCGUCCAGGAGGGCCGCUGUCCCGCAGACUUGAACCCUGCGGGACAGUGGCCCUCCAGGAGCAGGGUUGUACAGCCCUGACCUAUGGCACCUCUUUAGUCAAUUUUGUCCAAAUAAUUAAAGGCCCGUGGACUGAGAUUAAUUUGCCCACCAUCUCUAGUCAUGUGUAACUAAUGAAAUAUAGGGGUUAAAGAGUGAGAUACUGAGAGGAGCUGAAUGACCAAGAAGAAAACGAUCUGUUCUGUCAAUAAACAAAGAUUGUGAAACCGG